CAGUGUGUCAGUAGCGAGCAGCUAACCAGUAGAGGCAGAGACUAGGGGAGGGUCUGCCGGGGAGGAAUGGUGUUGCCUUUGGGUUAGUGUUGUGAUCAUAUUACAGACAAGAGGAAACCUUGUCCGCAGUGCCACAUUGGAAGCGCACAUGAAACCACUGCCACACUUGAUUCUCUUCUCCAGCAUUUUGUUUGCAAGCCAAAUACGUGCAGUAACAUAUCCUGUCUCCGCAGGAGAGUAACCCAACAAUUUCCAAUUUUUCAGAAUGGAUAUGCCGUAGCAACACCCGGAUUCGGCGAGCGGGAAGAAAGUGGUUUCUGUUUCGCUGGUUUAGCUAGCUAUGGCCGCUCGAACCUAUGGAACGUCUCGUGGAAGCCCAGGAUUGUGUUCUUUUUGAAGGGACGGGUGGCAGCUAGUUUCAGCACUGUAAAUUCGGUGAAGAGUGGACUAUGUCAAUAGUAACUGAAUCACGGUGCACCUCCAUUAGUUACGGUAUGGUUCCCAGCAGCUGCAACUAGGAUUACUCUUCAUAGUUCUUAGCCUGCAUAGCUAGGUGGAAUAUGGGCAACUCCGCGAGCCACCUCGAUAAACAAACAAACGAGACUUUGGUUUAUUGCUAGGUAGUUUGUGUGCAUAAAACUGAUUCUCAUUCCUCGGUUGUUACAUUGUUACAAAGACAAUUUAUUCUCAUUCUGGUCCUAGAUGUUGCCCCAGUUUAUGCCCCACAUCAUAAUUUAGCUAGUGAAGUUGAUUGUAUCCAGCACAGCAGUCAUGUUUGCUGUCCGCAUCGUCACCGCUGACUACUACCUUGCAACUCCCCUCAAAGACCUGGACGUCUGUUAUAACGAAUUCAGAGAAAGUGAUGUGAAGAAAGUACCAGUGGUUCGAAUUUUCGGGGCAACACCAGCAGGUCAGAAGACCUGUCUCCACCUCCAUGGCAUCUUCCCCUACCUCUAUGUGCCCUACGAUGGCUACGGACAGCAGGCAGAGCGCUACCUGCGUCAGGUGGCCUUCAGCAUCGACAGGGCACUUAACGUGUCCAUGGGAAAUCCCUCCUCCAACACACAGCACGUCUUCAAGGUGGCACUGGUCUCCGGCAUGCCUUUUUAUGGAUACCAUGCCAAGGAGAGGAAGUUUAUGAAGAUCUAUCUGUACAAUCCUCAGAUGGUCAAAAGGGUGUGUGAGCUGUUACAAGGAGGUGCUGUGAUGAACAAAAGCUACCAACCCCACGAGGCCCACAUCCCCUACCUACUGCAGCUGUUCAUCGACUACAACCUGUACGGCAUGAACCUCAUCAACCUGGGAGCUUUCAAGUUCCGCCGGAGCCAGCAGUGCAAAGAGGGGUUUCCCCCAGAUCGCCAGGGCUUCAGCAGCAGGCCCAGCACCAGCCCCUUAAAGAGCCCCUAUACCUCCAAACUGAGUGACAGUACCCUGGGAGGCACGUUUGUCCGCUGGGAGGAGGAUGCCAUACCCUGUUCUCUGGUUCUGGAUGUGGAGAAACAGAGCACGUGUGAGCUGGAAGCGGAUGCUGUGGCUGUAGACAUCCUCAACCGUCUGGAGAUAGAGAAUCAGAUUGGCAGGAACCCUGGCUUGCAGGCCAUCUGGGAGGAUGAGAAGCAGAGACGACGAGAGAAGAACCAGUCAUCUCAGAUGGAGACGCCACAGUCACAGGAUCGUGGGUUUGUCGCCUCGACGGAGAGCGAGAGAAUCUUCAUGAAGAGAUUCAAGGAGAUCCUGAAGGAAAAUGAGUUUGAUGUGACUCAGUCUGGGUCUGUGGAUGACACGGCAGAGGAGCAGGAUCAAUCCCCAGCUGAACUGUCUCUACACCCUGAUGUCCUGACACCAGAGCUGCUGCAGUGUUCACCAGCCAACCUGGUAGAGGUGCAUAGAGACUCCCAGACAGACACUAAAAGAAGCCGUGGUAAAGACCAGGAGGAGGCCAUUGUGGAUGAGGAGGCCAUUCUGAGUCUGUUGGAGAGCAGUCAGACCUUCCUCCCCCUCUCCCAUAAAUCCAACCACUCACCCAUACUAGACAGCAGCCAGGACCAUGCCAUGGUGGACCUGCUGGCAGGCCUGGAGGAUGAUGGGUAUCGGGCGGCCCCUAUGAGGCAGAACUCCCAGCAUUCCCUGCCCGGGGGAGGGAGUGCUCACUACAACAGUGACGAUGAGGAGGAGGGGCCAGAGCUAGAGAGGGAGGAGGCAGAACUCAGUCUGAUGAUGUCACAGAGAUGGGACAGCGACCUUGCAGAACAGUCUUCUAGACGGAGACCUGGUGUGACGGAUGCAGAAGAGAGCUUCAGUGACGAGCCCCAGGACUCCUCAGAUGAGGAGAUGGAAUGGAGCGGGAACAACUCUCUCUUUGCCAACCUGUCCAUUCCUCAGCUGGAUGGUGCUGCGGAUGAGAACAGUGAUUCAUCGGUAACGGACAAAGGCUCCAGGACCCACUCGUCCCUCACCGUCACCGAUAAGAUCCUGGGGAAGAGGAACCCCUUUCCUGGGGAGACAGUCCACCUGGAGCCCCCGUCUUCAGCUAAGAUCCUCCUAGACUGCAAACACCCGGAGCACCGGCAGGCCCUCUCACAGGACACUGAGGACGCAGCUGAUAAGCACUUCCUCUCCCUCAGCCAAGACAGUCAUGAGUGCUCCACAGGGUUCAAGGUGAAUAAAGAGAUACCUUACAUCCAGCCGGUCAAACACCCCAUCCCCUGCAACAUCGCCAACCAGGUCGAGGUCUCUCAGAUCUGUGUGGACAAAAUGGACGUCGUUCGGCCUCUGUACACCUACGAGAAGAAAAAGACGAUGGCUCUGGAUGAGUCGGAUCUGGACGUCUUUCCGUUCGGCAACGGGAAAAUCACCCAGAGCAGGAAGAAGUACAGCAGCAUCAAGAAUGUGGAGAAGAAUCGCCUGUCCAUCCUGCAGAACCACAGGAGCUUCUCCCUGUGUUACUCUGAGCUGAGGAACUGCCCCAGCAAGACUGAUCUGGAGCUGGGUCAGAAAGACUGUAAAAGCCCCAUACCAAGGAACAGUAUAACCCCAGCCCCCUGCCCCAUAGAAGAGAAUGAGCUCCUGGCCUCGCAGGAGCGUGAGAUGGGCCAGGGCAGCGAGGAGGGGGACAUGGGCGAGCUGAAGAUCCGGUACGAGGACUAUCAGGAGAACAAGACUGAGAGGACCAUAGUAGCCCAGCAGGAGGCGCACUACAAGUUCUUCCCCAGUGUCAUUCUCUCCAACUGCCUUACCAGGCCCGCCAAGAAGGUUGUGGGCAACAAGCUGACCGACGGCUGCGCUAAGCUAGAGCAGGCAGAGCCACGCAAGUCCAGGCUAAAGCUGGGCAAGAGGAGGUCUGCUGCAGCAGCCCAGAAAGCUAAGGCGAACGCUGUGGAAAGCCUAGCCUCUGACAGCCAAGUGGGCAUGGCCUUAACGUCCAUCAUGCCUGCCUGUCCUAAGAGCACGGACACUGACGAGAAGCCAGUAACAGUGGCAAAAUCAGUCGUAGAGGAAACUGGACCCACAGAACCACUCCCAGAAUCGCCUGCCCCUUCCCCUGCCCUGGCCCCUACCCCUCUACCAGCCCCUGUCGUGUCCCCUACACCGGCCCCAGUCCCUGCCAUUCCCACUAAGGCAUCUGAGGAGUGCAGGUUGGCCCCACUGCCUGAGCUCCCUGUUAAAGUGACCUGCACCAAAGCAUCAGGUCUGCCUGGCAGCAAGUACACCCUGAGGGCCAAGCGCAAGAUGAGCUACGACAGCAGCGAGGACGGGGAACACUCGGGCGCCUCUCGCGUGAAACACCCUCUGGCCCUCCGAGACAACUAUGUCCGCUUCAAAGACAACUAUAUCCUCAGCACGCAGGAACUCAAGUAUCAGAAACGACGGAAGAUGUCCAGAAAGGAGCCAAGGGAGCCACCCAUCAUCAUCAAGUACAUCAUCAUCAACCGGUUUAAGGGCCAGAAGAACAUGUUGGUGAAGAUGGCCAAGGUGAGUGCUGAGGAGCAGCGGGUGGUGCUCACACCAGACAAACUGGAGACGUAUACUAAAAUGGCCCCCCUCAAGACCUUCUGGCCUAAGGUUCCAGAGUCUUGUGCAGUCAAGUUUCCUCUCAGUGAGCCCAAGCCUAAUAAGAAACAGCCCAAACGAAAAGUUAAGGUCAACACCACCACCACUAAGAAAACGGUCAGCAGCCCUCCCAAACCUCGAGUCAGAGUCAGGCAGGGGGGUGAGAGGCCUAGAAGGACUAGAGGCCUUAGAAAAGCCUUGACUCUGCCCUCUCUGCCAUGCCCGCAGCCAUGUUACUGUGAACUGGCCGAUGACCACACCACGGAGUACUCUGAUGUGAUGGUGGAGUUGGGUUAUCUAUCUGAGAGAUCCCCUAGCCCCACUGAUUCAACCCCACCCCGAUGUUGGUCCCCCAGUGACCCCCUUAUGGAAGCCAUGUCCUCUGAUGGGUUGAUGAACCCAUUAAAUGAUCCCUGUCUCAGUUCUGUGUGUCAGGAAACCCCCCCAGCGUCCUUAGGCCGAGGUGUGCGGAACCGAAGCCGGGCUGCUAAACCUAGCAGCCCAAGAAGACGGACUAAGUCUGCUAAUAAGCUUUCGGAGGAAGUCAAAAAGGAGAGCGCAUCGAGAAGGAAAAGUACUAAUGGGACUCCAAGGAGGAGAAAGAAAGAUCUAGAAACAGUUGAUGGGACUAGUGUGGGUAGUGACUCUACUAACACCACCACAAGAACACGGAGGCCUCGUAGGAAGAAGCAGGCUGAAGAGCCUGAACAGCCCCCUGUAAGAAGCAGAGACUGUGACAGUUCCCAGCUCCUUUUCCCAGAGGAUGAGCUGCCUCCUACUGAAUCCUCCUCAAAGGCCAUACCACCCGUUCAGCAGCCAGCUAACAAAACCAACCAGAUCAUUGAUGGCUCCCAGGGGGUCGCUGGCUCUAAAUCCCUGUCCCAGUUCUCCCAGUUCAUUGAACCAAAGUCUGAAGACUAUGAGACGUCCAUCAUGGAGGUGAACCAAAGCUUUGCUCUCGAACUCUUCCAAACGCAGCCAGGCCAACUGCAGGGUUGUGCUGUGAAGGCAGAGACUGCAGUUGAUGAGUGCACACCCCCUCAGGUGAAAUCCCCCAUGGUGGGGAAAAGUAAGGGCGCCCCCAAAGCAGGGUCCCCCCACUCAGGCCUUAGGAACGGGGAGACCCUACCUGAGGAUACCUCUGGCCUGGCUGUUCUGAAGAAGCUCCUGCAGAAGAGGCAGCAGAGAGGCAGUCAGUGCCUCCCAACCCUGACAGUAGGCACAGAUAUCUCCUCCUCCACUACAACACAGCCCCCUGGCCCCACACCAGACCCUGCUGCAGCCAAGCCAUCAAGAGCCAGGAGAACUCCGUCAGCCACCCCACGGAAACCCCGGGCCCCAAGAACUACAACUCCCAAGGAGAGGAAGCCCAGAAGCAGGAAGGGUAAGGCAAACUCUCAGCCAGAGUUACCUGUGAAGCAGGAGCCACCUAUGUCAGACGACAGCCCAGUGUUCCUGUCAGACCCAGGCCUGGACAGCUGCUACUCUAUAGAGGACAGCCUCUCCCCAGAGCUCCCACACAACUACAACUUCGACAUCAACGCUAUCGGCAUUGGCAGCCAGGCAGAGUUCUCCAGCCUGUACAUGGGCAGCCAGUUUGUUCUGACUGACAAGAACCUGCCUCAGAAGUUCCUGAGUGACAUCACCCAGGAGGCCGUCCCUGCACUGCAACGAAGCUUGUCUGGACCUCUGAGUCCUGACCUCUUUGACAAGCCAGAAAACGGCGAAUCUGUCUCCAACCAUCUAUCUUCUCUGGAUUCUGAGAGGUUACUGAGGAGCAGAGAGUGGGGAACGUCUCUAGGCAAACUCCACGGCCUCAGCCACUUCCAGGGCUUUCACUGUGAGAGGAAAGAACUGUUGUUCUCUGCCUUCGACCCCGUCUUACCGCUGCCUUUGAGCUCCGCGUCUUUCGCAGACAACGAAGGAUCACCGACUGGAGACCUACUGGAGGGGAACGAUGCUUUGGCGUCGACCACAGCCAGUAGUUCUCCACGCUCAGUAAGCUCUAUAUCCCAGGUGAAGACCAGCAGCCAGGUCCUCAGGGGGACAGGUGGGGGAGCCCACAUCCUCAAGCCCCUCAUGUCCCCUCCCAACCGGGACGAGAUCCUCACCACCCUCCUGGACCUGGAGAUGUCUGAGGCCACCUUUCAGGAACCCUUCUGCAGUAAUCCCUCAGAUGCCCCAGGGAAACCCAGGGAGGUUGGUGGGCGUAAAUUGACGGUGGAGACCAGGUUGGCCAAGGAGCUGGCUGAGUUCAACGGGGACCUAUCCCUGGAGGGGCUACAGUUCUGGAAGACAGCCUUCUCCGCAAUGACCCGACCUGGCUCCUCUCACACCCUGGGAGCAGAGGCCACCAGAGACCAGGCCCAGCUCAGCUCCUCCUCAGCCGGGGACCAGAAGGUCAUCCUGCUGCCUUGCAGGAGCGCCCCCAGCCGCGAACGCGUCCAGCUAUGGCUGGAGGCCAGGAAACAGUAUGAGCAUCUGCAGAGGGGCAGGAGAGACAUGGGAGCACUGGAGAGGGGAAGGUUAGAACAGAUAAGAGAAGAGCAGCAAACAGACAGGACUGAACAGCCCACUCUGUUCCAUUGUCCAGCAUUGAAGGACGAGGAGGGGUUUGAGAAACCCUCUGAUAUCAGGACUCAGACGGAGAGGAGGGACAAUCUCUCUCUACAUAUAUCACCUGUUGAGGGGGUGGAAACUCAGGACAGCCCCAGAGUGAAGCCUGUAUCAGACAUUAACACCAGAGACCCUGAGGAGGAGGGGGAGUACUACGGUAAAUCCAUCUCUCCAGACUCACCAGACCUGCCGCCCUGGCAGCAACCCAGCCCCUCAGGACUAGACGGAGUAGAGGGGGAGAGGAGAGGGUCAGAUCUAGGGUCACCCUUGUCUCCCAGGCUCUGCACCUCACCAGAGAGGAGAGAGGAGAAGCACUUCCUCAGUCCCUCUCCCUUACAUUCAAUGAAGAGCCAGGGGGACAGGGAGAGGACCAGCCCCCACCUUCAGCUCCACAGCACCCCAAUCCUCAGGAGACGCAGAUGCAGGGGCGAGUCGGAACCUGUGUGUAGCACCCCUGUGACUGAAGAAGCGGAGUCCACAUCUCAGAGACUGCAGCACAGGAGAGGGGAACACACAGACACCCUGAGGAGAGUGCUAUUGACCACACAGAUGAAGAACCAGUUUGCUGCUUUGAACGUUACAAAGAAAGACAACUCUCAGAUCGAGGGCCCCAGUAUCAGCAACUCAUACGGCUUCAAAGUCAGCAUGCAGAACCUCCAGGACGCUAAAGCCCUGCACGAGGUGCAGCACCUGACGUUGAUGAGCAUGGAGCUUCACGCGCGGACCCGGCGGGACUUGGAACCCGACCCCGAGUUUGACCCCAUAUGUGCCUUAUUCUACUGCUUCAGCUCUGACACACCUCUACUGGACUCAGACAAGACCCAGCUGACUGGGGCCAUCGUGGUGGACAAGGACUGCCAGGAGAGUGGCCAAGGUGUCAGAGGAACAGUACCCCUGCUGGUCAGAUCCGGGGUCUCAGGACUGCAGGUCACCUACGCUGUGGAUGAGAAGCAGCUGUUCCAGGAAGUUGUCACUAUCAUGAGGAGGUUUGACCCAGACAUCCUGGUAGGCUAUGAGGCCCAGAUGCGUUCCUGGGGCUACAUCCUCCAGCGGGCAUCAGCACUCAGCGUGGACCUGUGCCAGCAGCUCUCCAGGGUGCCAGGUGACGCCAAGGAGAACCGUUUCGCUGCAGAGAGGGAUGAGUACGGAGCAGACACCAUGACAGAGAUACACAUCAUCGGGCGCAUCGUCAUCAACCUGUGGAGAAUCAUGAAGACUGAGGUGACGUUGAACAACUACAGUUUUGAGAAUGUGGCCUUCCACGUCCUACACCAGCGCUUCCCCCUGUACAGCCCCCGCACCCUGUCGGACUGGUUCGACCACAACACUGACCUGUACAGGUGGAAGAUGGUGGACCAUUAUGUGAGCCGGGUGGGUGGCACCAUGCAGCUGCUCCAGCAGCGUGACAUCAUCGGCAGGACCAGCGAGCUGGCCAGGGUGUUCGGGAUCCAGUUCUACCACGUGCUCACAAGAGGAUCCCAGUACCGUGUGGAGUCCAUGAUGCUGCGUGUGGCCAAGCCCAUGAACUACAUCCCCGUGACGCCCAGCAUGCAGCAGAGAGCCCAGCAGAGGGCGGCGCAGUGCAUCCCGCUGGUCAUGGAGCCCGAGUCGCGCUUCUACAGCAACUCUGUGGUGGUUCUGGACUUCCAGUCGCUGUACCCCUCCAUCGUCAUCGCAUACAACUACUGCUACUCUACCUGCCUGGGCCACGUGGAGAGCAUGGGAACGCCUGAUGGGUUUAAGUUUGGCUGCACCUCCCUGAGGGUCCCCCUUGAGCUCCUGUACCAGCUCCGCAAUGAUAUCACCAUCUCUCCCAACGGCAUCGCUUUUGUCAAGCCCACGGUGAGAAAGGGGGUCCUGCCCAGUAUGUUGGAGGAGAUCCUGAACACGCGGUUCAUGGUGAAGCGCUCCAUGAAGACUUACAAGCAGGACAAAGCCUUGAUGAGGCUCCUGGACGCCAGGCAGCUGGGACUCAAGCUCAUCGCCAACGUCACUUACGGCUACACCGGCGCUAACUACUCCGGACGCAUGCCCAGCGUAGAGGUUGCCGAUAGUAUUGUCCACAAGGCCAGGGAGACCCUGGAGAGGGCCAUCAAGCUGGUCAACGACACCAAGAAAUGGGGAGCCCACGUUGUCUAUGGUGACACAGACAGCAUGUUUGUCCUGCUGAAGGGUGCGACUAAAGAGCAGGCCUUCAAGAUCGGCAACGAGAUCGCCGAGGCAGUGACUGCUACCAACCCUAAACCUGUCAAGCUGAAGUUUGAGAAGGUGUAUCUCCCGUGCGUGCUCCAGACAAAGAAGCGCUACGUGGGCUACAUGUACGAGAGCCUGGACCAGAAGGACCCCGUGUUCGACGCCAAGGGGAUCGAAACAGUGCGCCGAGACGGAUGCCCUGCUGUUUCCAAGAUUUUGGAGCGUUCCAUCAAGCUGCUGUUUGAGACGCGGGAUAUCAGCCAGGUGAAACAGUUUGUGCAGCGUCAGUGUGUGAAGGUGCUGGAGGCCAAGGCCAGCAUGCAGGACCUGACCUUCGCUAAGGAGUACAGGGGCAGCAGCUCCUACCGGCCGGGGGCCUGCGUCCCUGCUCUGGAGCUCACCAGGCGUAUGAUGGUUUAUGACCGGCGCCUGGAGCCACGGGUGGGCGAGCGGGUGCCCUACGUGAUUGUGUACGGGACGCCUGGCGUGCCUCUCAUCCAGCUGGUGCGGCGGCCCCUGGAGGUGCUGCAGGACCCGGGUCUGCGCCUCAACGCCACCUACUACAUCACCAAGCAGAUCCUGCCCCCGCUGCAGCGCAUCUUCCAGCUCAUCGGCGUGGACGUGCUCAACUGGUACCAGGAACUCCCCAGGGUCCAGAAGGCGUCAUGCUCCAUGGUGGCCAGAGGGGAGGUGGUAGGGAGGAAGGGGACCAUCUCCCAGUACUUCACCACUCUGCACUGUCCUGUGUGUGACGAGCUCACCCAGCUAGGGGUGUGUGCCAGCUGCCGGGCCGAGCCCCAACGCGUGGCCGUCACUCUCUACCAGGACAUGCGGCUGUGGGAGAGCCAGCAGGACCAGCUGCUAAAGAUCUGUAGGAACUGCAGCGGCAGUGCGGAGCGGCAGGUUCCGUGUGUGUCUCUGGACUGUCCUGUGCUCUACAAGCUGUCCCGGGUCAACAGACAGCUCACCAAGGCCCCAUACCUCCGACAGCUCCUGGAGCAGUUCUGAUUCUGAAUGGCCCCACUGCCCUGCGCAGCACAGCUACUCUGGUGCUAAACCAACGUUGUCUCAUCCAGCUCAGUGUUUCCCUGUCUUUUUUUUCUUUUUAAAUGGUGCUUUGAUUGAACCCCGUUGGGUUUUCAUGUUGUCCUGUUGUUAUUUGUUAUACAAGUAUUUCUGCUCUAAGUGCAGACUGGCUGGGUUUGGCCUCCUGUGGGAGGCGAGGGAGUGUUUUUUUAGGGUUCAUUCUCCCACUCUCACUGUCUUCAUUAGCUGCUAUUGGUUGGUUGUGAUUGAAGCUGAUGUUUUUUCUUCAGAUGGUGUAUCUGAAGAUGGUCUCGUCUGCAUCAUAAAGAUGGCAUUAACUCUGAUCGAAGAGGACCCUACCGUUUUAUUUUGUAUGCGCUGUAGCAAUUUGUAAAUGCAAGACUUAAAAAGUCUGAACAGUAUUUCUAAGGAGCUCCUUACAACUCAAAAGUUGACUAAAUAAACCACUGUUUAACUACAUUUCCCUUUUAUAUCAAAUACAAUCUUUGGUAAAUAAUUAUUGUAAAGUGCCCAUUUUGAAUUCUCUCUGUGCAUCGGCAUUAAAAAAUAAAAACAAAUCAACUUGUUUUAAUGCAUUCUGUUUGUGUGCCAUAUUAAUACAUUUGUUUCUUUUAGCCUCGAUUGUAUUUGUCAGUUUUGAAAAAGCAUAUCAUUAUACUCAGAGGCACUAAUGCCUAUCAAAAGAGGAUGGGGGGAGUAUUCAUUUAAGUUUUUACUUCUGGGACUGUUGCAAUACUGUAUUUGAUAAUUUAUGGCAAGAGUAUAUAUUAUUUCCUUGUGCAUAUUUGUUUUGUACACAUUUCUAAUGCUUUCUCCAUGUUAAAACAGCAUAUGCCAUCUACCCAUGUCAAGAUGGAUUAUAUUAUUUCCCAAACAACUCUACACAGGAUCUGUGUAUUUGUAUAAAUGUAAAUGUACAAAAAAAUAUGAAGGAAGUGUUUUUUGCUUUGUUUUUAAUGGACAUUGCUGUGGGUGGAGGUUGAUAUAAUAAAAUGUAUUAAAUUCUUUA